GCUCAGUUGCUAUAUUUUUAUAAUUAGCUCUUACUAUGACUGUGUGAUUUAAUGGAUUAGAUCAUUCAAAAUGCUGAAUUAGAAUCCAAUUUGGUAUUGAUAUACGGUAGCCCAAUUCAAUUCUAUGAUUUUUCAAACUGGAAUUAAUGUAAAUAUAUUAUAGGAGUCCUGUAAUUCUGUUUUGAGAUGAGAACUUUUGUUUGAUGAGACCUACCUGUCUACACUACGGCCGCUAAGAACAGAGAACUGCAGUUAAAAGAGAGAGAGAAGCUAGUGAGUGAGUCGGCUGAGCUGAAGGAGAAACUGAGAGCGCUAACUGCUGAGCAUGAAGACCUCGAGCAGAGAUACAGUGCUGCCAACAUGAAAGUCGCUGAACUUCAACAGGACUUGGAGAAUCGUGGAAAUGAAAUAAUGAAAGAGACCCAGUUCAAAGGCCGUCUACAGGAUGAGAUAAAUCGGCUAACAGAUGAAAUGAGAGGGAGAACUGAGGAGGUGCUCGUUCAUAAGUUACAGAUGACCAUGCUGAAUCGAACUGCCAAUCGACUCGAACAGGCCUUGAAAUCGGAAAAGGUAAAAACAGAGAAAAAUUACACGAAAAGAUUAUCUGAAAGGUGGGUUGUUAUUCCAAGAGAUGUUGCUGGUCGGUGGUUGGAGCCGGGUGUAGUUGAGUCUCAUACACCUUGA